CAGCGUUAGCGACGUUGCACAAUGCUAAUACGUAGCUAGGAAACGUAAGCUAAGCUAUACGAUGCCAUUUUGUUUUUAUCUCGACUUUGACCAACACCAGGCUCCCGAUCGGACUUGAAAACACAGAACUGGAUCUUGUUGAAAGUUGGAAAGCUUCCCGUUGACCACCUUCAUCUUGUCAGAGUCCAUGGAAGGGUCGGACAGUAUAGAACAGGGCGGCAGUGACCAGCCAGAGUCACAGCGCAGAAGGCAGCUUGAUCGCUUGGACAGAGAGGAGGCCUUCUACCAGUUUGUCAACAAUCUCAGUGAUGAGGAUUAUCGCCUUAUGAGAGACAACAAUCUUUUGGGCAAUCCAGGGGAGGUAACAGAAGAUGAACUCUUUAAUAGACUUCAGCAAAUCAAAGAUGGUCCAGAGCAGCAUAAUAACAACAACCCCACUGCUGAGAGUAGUGAAGAUCCAGUUGAGCAACCAGAAACUUCUGAGGAUCCUGCUGGUGGGGAUAGCCUUUUAGACUGGCUAAACACUGUCCGGCGCACAGGCAAUACAACCAGAACCGGGCAUCGUGGAAACCAGUCUUGGAGGGCUGUAAGCCAGACCAACCCAAAUAGUGGUGAUUUUCGCUUCAGCCUUGAAAUUAGUGUGAACCGUAACCUGGCUGAACAGCAGGCAGCUGCUGAAGGAGAACAACAGCCUUCUGAACAGCCUUCUGAACAGCCUCCUGAUCAGCCUUCUGAACAGCCUUCUGAUCAGCCUUCUGAACAGCCUUCUGAUCAGCCUUCUGAACAGCCUCCUGAUCAGCCCUCUGAACAGCCUCCUGAUCAGCCUUCUGAAGAGCCUUCUGAGACUCCAGAGGUGGCUGCAAAUCCUGAACCACAGGUUCCCAUGGAGACAGAUGUUGUGGAAGAACCCGUUGUAGAGGAACUGGCUGUCAUUGUGGAGCCAGAGCCUGAACUUGAAGAGGUUGUUUCACCAGAGACUGUACAGGAACUUCCAAGCCCACCGGCAGCCCUCCCAGUACAAGCUCCGCCUUGUCCUUCUCCACGUAGAGGACAAAGGAGAGCCCGCAGCCGUAGUCCAGAACCACGCAGGACGAGGGCCCGUCUAGCCAGGAGUCGUUCCCCUCUCAACUUGGAUCAACUUGAUGGUCUACCUAAUCCACGGCAUCCACACAACUCUCAUAGUCCCAGUUCCUCCACAAACAGCCCCCCUGUGCCUCAAGUGGAGGGCAGUUCUCGGACUCGACAACAUGUUCUUUCCAGACAAAACACAGCUGACAGCGAUGUUCAGCCACUAAGGGCUAGUGCAGAAUCAGUCCCAGAGACCCAAAGCAAUGGUUCUCAGGAAGGAGAGACUACAGGGACUGAAGGAGGUGGAACAGGACGUCGUCCCCCUACUAUAAUGCUUGAUCUUCAGGUGCGUCGUGUGCGUCCAGGCGAAUAUCGGCAAAGAGACAGCAUCGCCAAUCGUACCCGCUCGCGUUCCCAGAAUUCAAACAACACAUUUCUUUAUGAGAGCGAGCGCGGUGGAUUUCGUAGGACUUUCUCUCGCUCUGAGCGUGCUGGCGUAAGGACCUAUGUCAGCACUAUUCGAAUUCCUAUCCGAAGAAUCUCUGAUGCAGGUUUGGGAGAGGCAACAUCAAUGGCUCUUCAGUCGAUGAUAAGGCAGAUUAUGACAGGCUUUGGUGAGCUUGGCUACCUCAUGGACUCAGACUCAGAUUCUUCAGAUUCAAACCGGGGAACCAGCACACCUGCAGACUUGGAAACCCUUAACAAUCCAGAUGCAAAUAAUGCUGAAACUUCUGCUGCUGAUGUUGAUGAACAGCCAAUUACUGCUGGAGUCAGGGGAAGAACAGUUGAAACAGAUAUGGAUGAGAGCCUUGCCUCUAGUCCCCCGGCCUCUGGUGGCAGAGCUCGACCUAGACCACCUAUCAACCUAGAGGAGCCCAGCUCGCUGCCCUUCUUGCGACUUGCUCACUUCUUCCUCCUAAAUGAUGAUGACGACGACCAGCCUCAGGGACUGACCAAAGAACAGAUUGACAACCUCUCCAUGCGCAACUUUGGUGAGAGUGACGCCUUGAAGACCUGUAGUGUGUGCAUAACAGAGUACGCAGAGGGGAACAAGCUACGUAAGCUUCCCUGCUCUCAUGAGUACCACGUUCACUGCAUAGACCGCUGGCUCUCCGAAAACUCCACUUGCCCCAUCUGCCGCAGGGCUGUUCUGGUCUCAGCAAACCGAGAGAGUGUGGUGUAACUCCUAAUAAACAACUAGCCUUUUUUUCCCCCUCAAAUUAAGUAAAAUAUAAGAUACUUUCAGAACACGUCUCCACUGUUGAAACAUAUUUCCGUCAUAUUGUUGGUGAGUUUGACCAUAAAUUUGCAGGUUUGAUUUGGGAUGCUUUGUCCUGUGACAUCAAGAUGUAUUCUGAUUUAAGACAUUUACUGUUGCUGUCCAGGAUUGGACACAAGCAAUGCAUGCUGUUGAUCAACCUGUUGCAACCAUGCAGUGUUGCAUUGCAUCAAGCCAUGCACACAGGCUGACCUCUAUAUCAUAAUGAACUCUGAUUACAAAUGCUGCACACCGGCAGGUAGUUCAGGCACUUGAAAUCUAAUCUUUUGUAUUGAAUCCCAAAUAGCGUCUUGCAUACCAUAAGUCAGGUAGAGGCACAACGUUUAGUUGAAGCAGUUCAAAAGUAUUAGCUGUAAAUAAGCUUGUAAAAAUAAUAAUUUUGAGUCAUACUUUGUAUCAGUGAAUGGAUUUUUGGGUUAUUCCUCAUGAAGAUCUGGCUCAUGUUAGCUGCAGUGACUUAAAGAAUCCAUAAAUUUAUAAGUAGCCGAUACCUGCGUGCAUAGCAGAGGUCUGUAGAGAUUGUGAUGUCCGAAGGAUGGAACGCAUAAAUGGGUUUGCAGCUUCCAUUGUAACUUGUACUGUUUUUUUUUUUUCUUUUUUUUUUUUCCCCCAUUCACCUGAUGGAAAUGGGGAGUUUCCAUCAGGUAUUGUAGUUUCCAGUACAUUGAAAACAAACUUAUCUUUUGACUUUUGGAAACCUGCACGUAGCUUUGGCAUUUUCUUGAUCAUAUUAAUGAUUCAGAAAGAAAUCGUUUUGAAUUUCCCCAACUACAUAUAUUAAAAGUCAUUGUGUAAGAAAUUGAAAUGUAGUUGCUUUUGCUCCCCUACUCAUCAUUUUCUUUUCUUGUACAAUGAUCGCAAGUCACUUUUGUUGAAUUAUCUGUUUUUUUUAAACCCCUGCUAACAAAGUUUUUUUUGGUAUCAUCAGUUUAAGGACCAGAAAUGGACUGAAAUGGAGAUGACUUACCUACGUAUCCCAAGCAAAAAAAAAGAUCCAACUGUACAAGUUGCUGCUUAUUUAUCCAAAGCUUUUAUUUGCAUCUGGAAAUAUUCACAUCAUUGUCAUUUAGUCCAAGUUUCAGUAGAAAGUCAUGACAUUUUCCCCAUGUGCCCUCUAACUGCAUCAUGAGCGAACGCUCCAAACUGGUGUGCAAUAUGUGCAAAGUAGGGAAAUGCAAACCAAGAUAUUAAUGUAUACUAUUGUUAAAAAUGGUUGUUAAUGGCUAAAAUCUUAAAUGAAGACUUAUUACCCUUUACAGUAUGUGUUGAAAUUAAUUUUAUUUAGAAAUUAUGUAGGUUUUAAUAGCGUUGUUGAUAAACAGGAACACUGACUAAUGGAAGAAAAGGGCAUCACUUACAGUGCCAUCUUGUCAUGUUUCUUGUUUCACUGUUUGAUCUCUUAGCCACAACUAUUAUAUCCCUUUAUGGGACAAGAGUUUGAAUGCAAGUUAUUGUUGUUUACCACACACGUCAAUUAAAUGUACGUUCCCUAUUAGGUCAAGCUGAUGUUUGGCCUUGUUCUGUGACCCACCCAGUGCAGUAUGUUAACUGGGUGUUCAAUAAAACUAACCGCUGAAUUAAACAAGUUAUGCCAUGAAAGAACGAAUCGCAGGUAUGUAUUCUGUACUUUUCAUCCUGUCAAAUGAUCUUAUGCUGCAUGCAGGUGCUCACAUUGCUGGCUUUUAGUUAUUCAACCUUUUAAUAAUCUAACUUUUCUCUACCAUGUUCUUUUUUUUGUUUUUGUUAGAGAUGUGAUUUUUUUUUAACAAAAAAUCCUAUCUUAACAUCACCUGUCCUGUUGAAGUCAGUUUGUUUUGCUCUCUGAAUAGCACCAAAGUUGACUUGUUUAUACCAAACCAUGUAAAUUCAACUCAAAAUCCAGUAAUGAAGUUGAAGUUAUUUGCAAAUGUUAUAAACCAGUAUUUUAUUUACAAUAGAAAACACCUGCUGUAGAAAUACAUGGCACUAUUUAAUGAAAGAUAUUGUCUCAUUUUGAAUUUGAUGGCAAUAGCAUGUCAAAGAAGCUGGGAUGGAGGCAACAAAAGGCAGAGGUAC